GUUCGGUCUGUCGAACUCAGCAAGCUCUCAAGACAUGUGCAAACGCAUCGAGAAUAUUCAACCGUCAGAAACCAAGUGGAUUCUUCGUUACGGAGAUAAUAUUUAUAUAGUAUCAUGACGGAUGAAACUAUUGAAGAGUUAGGACCAUCCGAUCUGGGUACUUUGGAUUUUUGGGAAAAGGUGUACACCGAAGAACUCGAUAAUUUCAAGGAUCACGGAGACGUAGGUGAAAUAUGGUUCGGUAAUAGGGCUUCACUGAAUAUUGUCAAAUGGAUCAGCACAAAAUUAAAUCUCGAUAUGGAAAACGAUAGAAUAAUAGAUAUAGGUUGUGGAAAUGGUAUGAUGUUAGUAGAACUUGCUAAGAAAGGUUUUAAACUACUAACCGGAAUAGAUUAUUCUCAGAAAGCUAUUGAUUUAGCUAAUGAAGUAUUGAAAGAAAAUAAUGUGUCUUGUUCGAAUUUACAAGUAUGCGAUAUUCUCGAUAUCGAUAAACAUGGAUUGUUAAUGAAUUAUUUCAAAGUGGUGCACGACAAAGGUACUUACGAUGCGAUCAGUCUUCAUCCUGAACAGCCAGCUGAUAAACGAAGAAAAUAUAUUGAUAAUGUGUAUAAUAUCCUUCAAUCAAAUGGAUAUUUAAUUUUAACUUCGUGCAAUUGGACCAAAGAUGAAUUAUUAAUUCAUUUCAAGAAUAAAUAUGAUUUUAUUCAUGAACUUCCUGUCGAUUCAUUUCAAUUUGGCGGCAAACAUGGCAAUAUGGUUACGCAAUUGGUCUUUAAAAAAAAAAUAAACAAUAUUUAAUUGAUACAACGAAUCCAAUUACAUAUUAUAAUUUCAUUAAAUAAAUUAGAACUGAUUGUUAGCAUAAAAAAUCAUGUCUUCUUUUUUCUAC